AUGGGAGGAUUCCUGCGACGAAUCCAAGACGUGGACCUUCGGGAGAAAAUCGUCCUCGUGCGAGUGGACCAUAACGUGACGAUGAUUGAGUCGAAGAAAGGCGACGGUUUAACCGUCAUUUCCGACGCGUUCCGGGUGGAAAGUUCGAUACCGACCUUAUACGCGAUAAUCGAACGAGGCGGGAGGCCGAUUUUGAUGACGCACGUGAACCGACCGAGAGAUAAAAAGACGAAGAAAAUCACGAUGGAUGAGAAAAGAGACGGGACCAAGGCGAUUGCGAGAUAUUUGAGCGAGAAACUCGGGUGCGUGUUUGCGAGUCCGAGAGUUGUGGAGAAGACGGACAAGGCGGGAGAAGAAGAAGAGGACGACGGCGGGAUCGAAAUGUCGCAAUUUUUUAAAGAUGGAACGAUGCAAACGAUGAUUGCGGAUUUGAAAGCACGAAGGAUUGGCGGGAUAUACAUGCCGAACGUGAGAUGGUUUAGCGGAGAAGAGAGAGGCGGGGAGGAAUGCGGCGCGCGAUUGGCGAGGGAGAUGGCGAACAUGGCGGACGUGUUCGUGAACGACGCGUUCGGGUCGUGGCAGCCGCACGUGAGCACGUUUGAUGUGGCAAAGUUGUUGCCGAGUUACGCCGGGCUGUUGAUGCAGAGAGAGUUGGACGCGAUGAGGAGAGUUUUGGAACCGGUUCGACCGUUUGUGGCGGUCGUCGCGGGAUCGAAAGUGAACACGAAGAUUGGGACGUUGAUCAACGUGGCGAAAAAAUGCGACGCGUUGAUUCUAGGUGGAGUGAUUUAUAACGCGUAUUUAUCGGCUAAGUAUGGAGUGAAAAUCAAAGGCGUGGACGAGGAGGACGUGGAGUUAGCGAGGACGCAUUUAGUGAACGCGGAAGAGGUGCGAGAGAAACUUUUGGAGUUGCCGACGUUGGUUGAAUCGAAAGAAAUAGACGGAUGCGGAUGCGUGCCGGUCGAUGGGAGGUGCACAACCAUGCCGAAAGAGUACGACGACGUUCGCUUGGUGCACGUAAAAGACAUGAAGCCUGGGAAUGAACACUCAUUCAUCAACGAUGUCGCUUCGAUUUCGUACUCAGACGAGAAGAUUGUCCAGGCGGUGAGAACGGCAAAGACGAUUUUAGUCAAUGCGGUUAUGGGAUACACUUCGAAAGGCUUUCACGAAGGCACCGUUGGGCUAGACGAACUCAUUCACAACAACACAGAUAGUUCAUCGCCGGCGAACGUCUUCUUUGGCGGUGGUGAUACUCUCCAAGAGUUCAAAUCCUUAUCGCCGGGAAGUUAUCUCAACGCUCUGGAAAAUCCUCAAACGUAUUUGUUCACCGGAGGCGGGACGGUGUUGAAAGUCAUCGAAGUAGGCGAGGCUGGAAAGUUAGACAUUGUUCGAGUCUUGACCGACGAGGAGGACGAAGACGAAAGAAUACAAGACAAAAAUAAAACGUCGUCGCUCACCGACGCGGAUUUAUACGACGACGACGAAAAGCGGGAAGAUCGAAAGGGAGAUAAAGAAAACGUCCUCGUCGCGAAAAUAAAACAACCCGAAUGCAACGCCGACCGCGUAAACUGCGAUUGCUCGGAUCUCAACGCGCACUACCCGCACCAGCGCUUGUAA